ACCUGUCCCCACCCUUUUACCACCUCGUGACUUGAGUGGGUUUUUUUUGCUGCGCAAAGAUACGAGUAUAUCUUUGGUUAAAAGAGUGAGUGGGAAUCGAUUCGUUCUUGAUCUAAGGAGUUUCCCCACCUGAAUACGAUGCAGAAUUUGGUUAUGAUCGCGGCUUUGUGUCUGUCCGGGCUGUUUAUAAGUUGUGCUGUUACGUCGGCAGAAAAUGCUGCAGCAACAACUACACCAAAUACACUUGCAGCACUUAACAAGACCUCUCUUACCACACCCGCGCAUGUGACCAACACAACUAAGCACCAUACCACACCCGCGCAUGUGACCAACACGACUACUGUACAUAAUACCACAACUGCGCAUGUGACCAACACAACUAAGCACCAUACCACACCCGCGCAUGUUACCAACACCACUGCUGCAAACCAUACCACACCCGCGCAUGUUACCAACACCACUGUUGCAAACCAUACCACACCCGCGCAUGUUACCAACACCACUGUUGCAAACCAUACCACACCCGCGCAUGUUACCAACACCACUGCUGCAAACCAUACCACAACAAUGCAUCCACUAACAACUGUUCUGCCUACAUUAUCGCCCAAUUCCUCUCUCCCAAUAACUGGCCAGUAUAAUGUUACAACGAAGAAUGCUACUUGCAUCAAGAUAACAAGUGGAAUACAACUUAUUGUCAUCGCAAAGCCUAAAAACAUGUAUUUCAAUAUUCUGCCUGGGAUAAUUGUGCCUUCGGGGAAAUGUGGAAAUGUUGCUCCCUGGAUCAAUUUAAAUUUUAAAGCUGGAUUUUUAAACUUCACCUUUGGGCAGGAUGGAAAAAAUUAUUACAUCAGUGAAAUAAGUACUACCCUGCAUUCCAUGAACAACCUGGGGAAUACUUAUACAGGAAUUAUAAAGAAUAUGAAGCUGUUUCAUACUAAACUUGGUCACUCGUACAAAUGCAAAAGCAAGCAGGUUGUGGCGUUUUCAACUAAUACUUUGCAAGUUUUGUUGAUUGAUACUCAGCUCCAGGCAUUCAACAUCCCCGGUGGAACAUUUGGUAAAGCAGAGGAAUGCUUCUUGGACUACAGAUAUGUUCUUCCUGUCGCCUUUGGAGUAGUUCUUGCUGGGGUGAUCAUUCUUAUAAUCAUCGUGUAUUUGAUCUGUCGACGUCGCCAAGCUGCAGGUUAUCAGCGGAUCUGAGGAGAGACGAUACUUGCUUGUUGAUUUAAUUAGCCUUCUCAAUGAUGUUAAUAGCGUGUGUAUCAACUGCACUGAUGUUUUUAUUCACCCCGUUCAGUUUACCUGGAGAUUUCCAUAAAUGUGCUUGUAGAAUUAUUGGUCGAGGACUAGUUGAUUCCCAUUUUAGGCUGGGUAACCCCAGCCGUGUUAUACUUUAGUGUAUAUUUUCUGCAUUACUUUGUUUAGAAAUGAUUAAGAAUUAAAAUCAUGCAGCUUAAUGCCUUUCUGUUUGUGGUGACAGGGUAUUUCUCAGUUUGAAACCCAUUUUGAACAUUUUCACUUUUAUGCUAAAAAAAAUAAAUUAAUUAAUGACUGAUCACGCCA